CAUACCGCAACUACGCUAGUCUAUCUAGGAAUGGAAGCAUGCAAGGUUCUCAAUUGUCACUCACAAUACCCCCUGAACCUGCUGACAGCAGCGAGUCCUUUCCGACAAAUCGACGAUUAAGAUCAAUUUUGAAUAACAGUUGCCUAAAAAGGUUGGGUGAAUAUUAUAAUAGCUUUAUCGUGUUUGCUAGUGCUAGUUAUUAUGGAUUCGGGCUUCAGGUUUUUGUCCUUGGCCUAUUCAGCCUCAGCCGUCUUAUAAGGAAGGGAGGUAUAAAGGAAUGGCCUGAAGUUCGAUUUCGACAAGUCAUUCUUUCCCUCUCCUAUCAGUGGGCCAACCUAAACUCCUAUAAGAACAUCAUUAUUCUUGAUCGGAGAAGAGACGUAUAGAGAGGUAUUAAUCCAGACUGGGGCCGAUUCCCGGAGACCAUAUAAUCAAGUAGUCCCACCUCUAACUAGCAUCGACUCUGGGCUAGCGGAAUCCUCUCUAACUGCUGGGCAACUUGAAAAUAACAGUAUUGUGCUUACUCUAUCCAACUAUACACACCAUACAUACCAUACCAUACCAUACCAUACCAUAUAUUAAUACAAAUGGGCGACAUGAAAGCAUUCUCGGGGGUUGCGCCACCUACGCCUACUCCCUUUACCUCAUCAGACUCGCUGGCCACCUUCAAGUUCCCGUUGAAGGCAUAUCUACAAGAACACCCAGAGUUUAACUCGAUAGCUGUCGGUGCCGUCGUCUUCAACGACGACGGAAAAUUACUCAUUGUGCAGAGAGCAGCACAUGACUCGUUCCCGACGCUGUGGGAGAUACCGGGAGGGGCUUGCGACUACGAAGACGAGUCUCUGUUGCAUGCUGUGGCGCGCGAGCUAUGGGAGGAGAGUGGACUACGCGCCAAGUCCAUUAUCACCCUCGUCGGCGAAGGUCUUCCUAUCCCCUACCGGGGUAACCGAUGCAUGUGUAAAUACUCCUUUUUGACCGAGGUGGAACAUCAUGAUGUCAAGUUGGAUCCUAAUGAGCAUCAGGCAUUCUUAUGGGUCACCGAGGAGGAGGCUAGGGCUGGCAAGUGUGGUCAUGUUGAAUUUAAGUACACGACUAAGGAGCAACAACUUACAGUUUGCGAGGCUUUCAGGUUGAGGAACGAUAGACAGGCUCAAGCGAAUUAGAGCCUGGAGUCCUGGGCUCUCGCGUGGUUAGAUUCCUAGACGGGCAAGAGACUAGAUCUGCUGGCGCAGCUACUUGUAGCUGCCUGCAUCGUACAUAAGCAUAUAUAAGCCAAUUAUCGUAAGGCGACAUACGUGGAUGUUAUUGCUUUGAUCAUUAUCUGGAGUGUUAGUCUAAGCCGUGAUUAUAAGGGAUAGGCUGGAGGCUUAGAUGGCAUGUGAAUUCUUAAUACCCGUUUGCGAUGCGGUAGACGAAUCAUUCCACUUGCUGAACAUGGUGCUGUUAAUAUCUUUGCUGCUUUCUAGAGCUUGCCGACAUAGGUAGGUAGUCUAAAGAACGAUGCCUCUUGGCAUAUUACCGUUACGGACUGACGCGCAUGAAGAAUCUGUAUCGUGCGCCACGUUGAAUACCCAUGUUCCGAGCAGACGAGAUCAGGCAGUAAUAAAAAGUCAGAAGACCCUUAAUAUGUACCUGUAUGGUAUGUAUAGUAUGUAUAGUAUGUAUAGUAUGUAGUAUACUAAAUGCAUGUCUCUCGUCUUCGUAUGGACAUGCCUUAUAAC